AUGCCCAGGUCUUUGACUAUACGCAACCUCACUUCGAUCCCACUGAGUCUGACACUCGUACAACGCUUCGAGUCUGGAAGCAAUGGUGACUCCAGCGACAAAAGGGGCAUUGACGACAAACUCAAAAGUCUAGCAGGCAAUUUUACGAAAUUGAUGCAAGACAGAAUUCCUGGAGGGAGCGAAAGGAAGAGGCUCAAAGCUGGAACAUCUGGCGAUGCCAAACCCUUCAAACAAGACGAAGUUGAGGUGGAGCUGGAGCCCUUCCGGACGAAGAAGACACAGAUCUCAGCACCACUAGGACAGAUCCUACGCCUCACCAUCGAAGCAGAAGAAAAGGGUGAAUGGCAUGUCGAUGUGCCCACACCUUCUGGCCGGUCUACGCCUCUCAUCCCUGCUUCUUCUGAACCUGGACAUGAGUUCACUGCCAUCUAUAACAGCAAGACGGCUGUCCUUGCACUAUUCGACAGCACCUACCUCAGAAAAUGGAUGAACGCCUUUCCAGACGCAACGCCGCUAUCUGCUCUCAGUCUGCCCGGAACCCACAACUCUCCCACUUGCCACCAAGCAUUGCCGUCCGUACGAUGUCAAGCUGUUUCGCCAUUGAAGCAGCUGGAAAAUGGCGUGCGAUUCCUCGACGUCCGUGUGCAGGUGAACGAUGCAGACAAGGGGGUCAAUUCAGAUGCUCUCGAGCUGGUCCACGCGGCGUUUCCCAUAUCACUCACCGCAUCUGCAAAAGCGAAAAGUCUUUUCGACGACGUUUACGGCUUCUUGGACAGGAAUCCAAGCGAGACCGUAAUCAUGUCCCUCAAGCGGGAAGGACGAGGCAGUGGUACCGACGAGAUCUUCUCUGAGAGGCUACAGAAACACUACAUCAACGCCAACCCACAAAGAUGGCACACCCGUACCGGUAUCCCUAGGCUAGGUGAGGUGCGAGGGAAGAUAGUGCUCUUACGACGCUUUGGUCUCUCAGAAAAGCUGCAUCGAGAAGUCCACGGCAAAGGCGGCUUUGGCAUCUACGGCUCAUGGGCGGACAACACUCCAAAUCACCUCAACGGCGACAUCCAGAUUCAAGACUUCUACGAAGUCACAGAUACCGAGAACAUCGACAAGAAAAUCCAAAUCGUCUGCGAGCAUUUCGAACGAGCAGGCGCUGCUGUGCAUCCGAUCGGUGCGCCUCACACGGCCGCAGAGGGUCCAAAGCAGCCACUCUUCAUCAACUUCCUGAGUGCUUCCAAUUUCUGGAAACCAGGUUGUUGGCCGGAGAAGAUUGCUGCUAAGAUGAAUCCAGCGAUCACACAGUUCUUGUGUGAGAAGCAUGAUAUUGGCGAUAAAGGGGUUGACGCACCUAAUCAGAAAGCUGAAGGUGACGGAGGCUUGGGGGUUGUGGUGUGUGACUGGGUUGGUGAUCAUGAUGACUGGGAUUUGGUUAGAGCAAUAGUGGGCAUGAAUUCGAGGCUCCUGCUGAGGCUGCAGCAGCAAGAGGAUGAAGAAGACGAGGGCGAUGAUAGCAAUAAUACCAGGAGAGGUGGUAGAAGGGGCAGAGGCCGCGGGAGAGGUGGCAGAGGCCGUAGAGGUGGACGCGGAGCGCGAGGCGGUGGUUGA